GCUUACCAGGAAGGCACACUUCAAAAGCUCCUGAAGAUGAAUGGUUCUGAGGACCUUCCCCCGUCCUAUGACUAUGACCUCAUCAUCAUUGGCGGCGGCUCCGGAGGACUGGCAGCUGCCAAGGAGGCAGCCAAAUAUGGGAAGAAAGUGAUGGUUCUGGAUUUUGUCACCCCAACUCCUCUUGGAACUAGAUGGGGUCUCGGAGGAACGUGCGUGAACGUGGGUUGCAUACCUAAAAAACUGAUGCACCAGGCGGCUUUGUUGGGACAGGCGCUGCAAGACUCUCGCAAUUACGGGUGGAAAUUCGAGGACACUGUUGAACAUGACUGGGAGAAAAUGACAGAAGCGGUCCAGAAUCACAUCGGCUCUCUGAACUGGGGCUACCGAGUAGCCCUGCGGGAGAAGAAGGUGGUCUAUGAAAAUGCCUAUGGGGAAUUCAUUGGUCCUCAUCAGAUUAAGGCAACAAAUAAUAAAGGCAAAGAAAAAAUUUACUCAGCAGAGCGAUUUCUCAUUGCCACCGGGGAAAGGCCACGCUACUUGGGCAUCCCUGGGGACAAGGAGUACUGCAUCAGCAGUGAUGACCUUUUCUCCUUACCUUACUGCCCGGGCAAGACCCUGGUGGUUGGAGCGUCCUAUGUUGCUUUGGAGUGCGCUGGAUUUCUUGCUGGUAUUGGUCUAGAUGUCACUGUUAUGGUACGGUCCAUUCUUCUGAGAGGAUUUGACCAGGACAUGGCCAACAAAAUUGGUGCACACAUGGAAGAACAUGGUGUCAAGUUCAUAAGGCAGUUUGUACCAAUUAAGGUUGAACAGAUUGAAGCAGGGACACCAGGCCGACUCAGAGUGGUGGCCAAGUCCACCAAUAGUGAAGAAACCAUUGAGGGAGAAUAUAAUACGGUAUUGCUGGCAAUAGGAAGAGAUGCUUGCACGAGAAAAAUUGGCCUAGAAACUGUGGGAGUGAAGAUAAAUGAAAAGACUGGAAAAAUACCAGUCACAGAUGAAGAACAAACCAAUGUGCCUUACAUCUAUGCCAUUGGCGAUAUAUUGGAGGGAAAGCUGGAGCUCACCCCUGUAGCAAUCCAGGCAGGAAGACUGCUGGCACAGAGGCUUUACGCCGGCUCCACUGUCAAGUGUGACUAUGAAAAUGUCCCAACAACUGUGUUUACUCCCUUGGAAUAUGGUGCUUGUGGCCUUUCUGAAGAGAAAGCUGUGGAGAAAUUUGGGGAAGAAAAUGUUGAGGUUUACCACAGCUUCUUUUGGCCGUUGGAAUGGACGAUUCCCUCAAGAGAUAACAACAGAUGUUACGCAAAAAUAGUCUGUAAUCUCAAAGACAACGAACGAGUUGUCGGCUUCCAUGUACUGGGUCCAAACGCUGGAGAAGUCACACAGGGCUUCGCAGCUGCACUCAAGUGUGGACUGACCAAAACCCAGCUGGACAGCACCAUUGGAAUCCACCCUGUCUGUGCAGAGGUAUUCACGACGCUGUCGGUGACCAAGCGCUCCGGGGGCGACAUCCUGCAGGCUGGCUGCUGAGGUUAAGCCCCAGUGUGGAUGCUGUCGCCAAGACUCCAGACCACUAACUUGGUUCCUUGCCCAAAUCCAAGACGAAGUUUUUGGGAUGGUUCUCUUGGCACCUGUUCAGGUGCUGUGCUUACCACCACCCAGGAACCCCUUGGAUCUUACGGGCAGAGGGUGGUGAGAGGAAGGCAGGCAGCGUCACACUGGGGUUACCGUAACAGACUCGAAACUGGCCUUUGGCA